UGAUUGUUGAUUCAAAUUCUGAUCCCACUGAACAGUCUCACUGAGGCUAGAAACGCAAAGCUGAUUACACCAUAGAUUUAUUGUGUUUUAUUCUUUAGUUUAAGACAUAAUUCAAUGGUUUUAUCUUAUACUUAAUUUCAUUUCCCUUGACCUUUUUGGUUAAAUUAAAAGGAUUUGCAACAAAAAACUGCGUACUGAGGCUUUGGAUUUAUAUUUUUUAAGACUUUGAGCACGAACAUACAACUAGGACUGAAGAUUCAUCUGUGAAGGAAGGUGCUUUACCUUGCUGUCACAAACAACUGAAAGACAUUCUUUCACGGAAACAAUCCCAUGUCUCAUUUCUUCCUUCCUUCCUAUACUCAGCAAAUUCAAAAGUUCAGACCAAAUGAACUUUAAGAGCAACCACAAUAAUGAGUGUACAAGUGAUGUGCACCCAGCAGCUAGCAAAUACCCAUAAUGCACUGUGAGGGUCAUAUCAAAUGAAUUCCCGUGUCUCGCCAGAAGAUGGCGCCUGCAGCUGAAUCAUCCAUGCAUUUUCCAAACCACUGGUCCAAUGUGGCUACAGUGUAAUAUCAUACAGAAGUGAAUCAUUGAAGGACGAUGGCAUCUGUUAAAGAGCUGCUCGUGAACUCACUGAAGGAUCUAGUAAAAGAUGAUCUGAAGGAGUUCCAGUGGUACUUGAAGAAUCAUGAGUGUGUUUCUGCUUCUGCGAUGGAGAAUGCAGAUGUCUUAGACACAGUGGAUAAGAUGGUGGCAUGUUUUGGAGCAGUAGAAGCUGUGAAGAUCACAGUGGACAUCCUGAAGAAGAUGAACCAGAACCUUCUGGCUAAAGAGUUAGAGAACGAACAUAAGCAAGCAGUUCUGGCUCAGGGCAAUAUAGAGGUUUCUGAUACCAUUGAAGCUGCUUCAGAACAGAUCUGGGGCUCAACUGCAGAGGACAUUAAAGCUGGUAUUCCUGAUUACAGAGAGAUCAGCCUCAGACUGAAGAACAGAUUACAAGAGGACUAUAAGCGGAUAUUGGUUGGUAAUUCACAAACAGGUCAUCAGAAAUAUCUGAAUGAUAUUUACACUGAUUUAUACAUUGUGGAGAAUGAGACUGGAGGAAUAGUGAGUGACCACGAGGUGAGACAGAUUGAAUUGAAUAUUCACCAAAUUACUGUAAAGGACACCACAAUCUUUUGCAAUGACCUAUUCAAAGUCCAGUAUGAUACUGGUCGGCAAAAUAAAAAAGUGCUAACAAUGGGGAUUGCAGGGGUGGGAAAGACAGUCUCUGUCAAUAAAUUCAUUCUUGACAUUAAUAUGAUAACAAAGAACUGCAGUCUCAUGGAACUGCUUCAUGAAUGCUUCUUUAGUGAUCCUGAAGAACUGCCCUCUCUUCUUAAAGAUGAUGGUAAGGUCAUGUUCAUUUUUGAUGGACUGGAUGAGUGUCACUUCCCUUUGAGAUUUAAUGAUAAUGAUGAAUUAACAGAUGUGCAUGCACAAACAACAGUGAGUAAGAUAGUUACAAACCUGAUCAAGAGACAUCUGGUUUCUUCUGCUCUCAUCUGGAUCACAUCCAGACCAGCAGCAGCAGGCCUGAUACCCCGAGACUACAUUGAUCAGGUGUUAGAGGUGCGAGGAUUCAAUGAUGAGCAGAAAGAGCAAUACUUCAUCAAAAACAGCAGUCCUGAGGUUGCUGGAAACAUCAUCCGUCACAUCAGGAAAUCCAGGAGUCUGUACAUCAUGUGCCACAUCCCCGUCUUCUGCUGGAUCUCUCUCACUGUUCUUCAGCCUCUGCUGGCUCGAGAGAGCAAUGACAAAACUCCCACAACUCUCACAGAGAUGUACACAAACUUCUUACUUUCUCAGAAGCUUCAGAUGGAAAGAAAAUACAGUGAUAAUCCUGAACUUAAGUUCAAAGCCAUGUCUUUUGAUCAGAUUGUUCUAAAGCUUGGGAAAUUGGCCUUUCAACAGCUAGAGAAAGGAAAUCUGAUUUUCUACAAAGAAGAUCUUGAGGAGUGUGGACUAGAUGUCAGUGAAGGGUCAGUGUUAUCUGGGUUAUGCACUCAGAUCUUUCAGACGGAAAAGGCUGUUUCAGCCAGACAUAUUUACAGCUUUGUACAUCUCAGUGUCCAGGAGUUCCUUGCUGCUCUCUAUGUGUUUCUGAUUUUCAAAGAUGAGAAAUCAAACCUAUUUCUUCAAACCUGGAGAAAGACACUAUCAUGGAAACUGUCUAAUAAGCAGCUGUUUCAUCUUCUGAAGUAUGCAGUCAACAAAGCUUUACAAAGCAAGAAUGGACACCUGGACCUUUUCCUCCGGUUCCUGCUGGGGCUCUCACUGGAGUCCAAUCAGAAUGACCUGAAGGAGCUGCUGCCAGAACUGAAACUGAGAACCGUGAACAUUAAAGACAUUGUUGACUAUAUCAAACGGACAAUAGAGAAGGAGAAAUCAGUGGAGAGGACCAUCAACCUGUUCUACUGUCUGGGUGAACUGAAAUAUGACUUUAUCAAGGACAUUCAGAAGAAUCUGAGCUCAGGAAAUCUUUCAGCACAAAAUCUUUCCUCUGCUCAAUGGUCAGCUCUGGUGUAUGUGCUGCUGAUGUCAGAAGUGACUCAAGAUAAGUUGGAACUGCAGAAAUACAAACAAUCUGAAGAAGCAUUGAUGAGAAUGCUGCCUGUGAUUAAAAACACCAGAAGGGCACUGCUACAAUCCUGUAAUCUCACUGUUGAGUGUUGUGAGAGUUUGUCAUCAGUGUUACAGUCCUCCAUCCUGAGAGAGCUGGAUCUAAGUAACAAUGACCUGCAGGAUUCAGGAGUGAAGUUGCUCUCUGAUGGACUGAAGAGUCCAAACUGUCAGCUAGAGAUACUGAGGUUGUCUGGCUGUAUGGUGACAGAGGAAGGCUGUGGUUAUUUGUCUUCAGCUCUGAGUACAAACCCCUCACACCUGAGAGAGCUGGAUCUGAGCUACAAUCACCCAGGACAAUCAGGAGUCCAGCUGCUCAACCAAAAACUGCAGGAUCCAAACUAUAAACUGGAGAAACUCAAUGUUGAUUAUGGAGGAGUGAUCAGAAUGUCAGCAGGACUACAAAAAUGGGCCUGUGAUCUCACACUGGAUCCAAACACAGCACACACUCGUCUCUUCCUGUCUGAUGAUAACAGAAAGAUAAUGCUUGUGUAUGAGCAUCAGCCGUAUCCUGAUCAUCCAGAAAGAUUUGAGUUCUGUGAUCAGGUUCUGUGUGUUGAGAGUCUGACUGGACGCCAUUACUGGGAGGCUGAAUGGAGUGGGAGGUUUGCUAUUAUAGCAGUGUCAUAUAAAGGAAUCAGCAGGAAUGAACGUAAAGGUUGUUGGUUUGGAUACAAUGAUAAAUCCUGGAGUCUGUGGUACUUUGAUAACAGAUUCACUGUCCGUCACAAUAAUAAGAAAACUUACAUCCCUGCCCCUUCAUCCUCUACUAGAGUCGGACUGUAUCUGGACUGGUCGGCCGGCACUCUGUCCUUCUACAGCGUCUUUAACACACACACACUCACACACUUACACACAUUCAACACCUCAUUCACUGAACCCCUCUAUGCUGGAUUUGGGGUCCAUUAUGAUUCUUCACUGUCUCUGUGUCAGAUUUGAGUACACACAUUGUUGUGACACUAAGCCAACAGUUGGGUAUCUUCCAACAACAGACCAUCACUGAGCAGUUUUUACGGUGUGUUCUGCACCCUUGGCACUAGUUGGACCUGGUUGGUGGUUUUUUGAUUGUUUUGAAUCCACAUCGGGCAGCUGGUGAAAGACAUCAUUCUAACUGGCUGUUCAGUUCAGAAAAUCACUGCAUGAGAAGAAAAUAAAUAUCAAACAAACAAGGAAGUCAAGUGGUCACACACAUCUUACCUGGCUGUCUGGAAUGAAGAAAGUGAUCAUGUUCCAUUAUAUGGGACACACAUCUGAUAUUUUCUUAACUGUUUGUGUUCACCUAAGACCUAACCGACUGUUUUCAAGGAUACUCGCCAAAGACAAGUAUUUUGACAUCAUUUUAUAUGUAUUUGUCCAUUCAAGCGUGAAAAGAUGCGAAAGAGAACUUGUUUCGGUGUUUGCAAGUAUGAACUGAGUUCUUUUGCAUUAUCUUGAAGCUAUCUUGAAUGCUCUAAAAUCACUUGAAAGUUUAAAUAAGCAAGGCUUAAAACAUGCAAAUUAUAAACUUUCGUGAUGAUGCAGAAGUUGCCCAAUCAACUGUCCAGAAUAAAAUCCUAUUGCCGUGUUUCUUAA